AUGGCAGUCAACUACCGCCGAUCCACCAGAUGGAGCCCUCACAUUGGUUGACACUCCGGGGACCCCGCGCUACCCCAACAUUCUCCCCGGACUAGUCUGCCUUUGGCUGGUCCCUUAUCAUUAAUCCUCAUCAAACUCGCCAGCCAGCAAACACGCGGCCAUGAAUCCACUUGUGCUACCGGACAAGUCAUCCCCGAUCGACUUGGGGCCCCCUGGUGGGGUGGGUUAAAUCCCCAGUUGCCUGCUGCUUCUCGUGGCUAUCGUACGAUCGUGAACCCUCUCUCGAACGCAUCGUGCCACCCUGCAGCACCCCAUCUAACCAUCCAAUGUCCAGAAUGUCGCUCGAAGACUCCUCCAAAUCCCGGUCGGAUUACAUUGAAAAGACCGAACUGGGCGAUCUGACCACGGAACUGCCUGGAAGUUCCCUUUCGGAGCCGCACAAGGCAUACCUGCUACAGCGACAUGGCACGUUAGAUCUGGAUCCGGUCCCUAGUAUGGACCCUGCGGAUCCGUACAAUUGGCCCCUCCUAAAGAAAAUCAUCAACCUCCUUCUAGUCGCUUUCCACGCCUGUAUGGGCACUUUUACCGCCGCAGCCGUCAUCCCAGCCUACGAAGAAAUUGCCGAAGACGUGGGUGUCUCUCUGCAGCGAACAAGCUAUCUGACCUCUCUCCAAAUCGCCAUUCUCGGUGGUGCUCCUCUUUUCUGGAAACCACUUUCCCAGCGCUACGGACGCCGUCCUAUCUUCCUCCUCUCGUUGAUCCUCAGCUGCGUCUGCAACAUUGGCUGUGCUAAGAGCCCGGAUUAUGCGUCUAUGGCGGCAUGUCGUGCCUUGGUGGCGUUUUUCAUCUCCCCGGCUAUGGCGAUUGGCAGUGCUGUUGUCACGGAGACAUUCUUUAAGCGCGAAAGAGCACAAUAUAUGGGUAUCUGGGCGGUGAUGGUCACUCUGGGAGUGCCUGUGGGCCCGCUGAUUUUCGGAUUCGUGGCCCAACGCGUAGGAUAUCAAUGGAUUUAUUGGACUCUGGCCAUUACCAACGCCGUCCAAUUCAUCUUUUACAUAUUCUUCGGCCCCGAAACACGAUACAUCGGCACCGACAUGCACGCCUCCUCGGCCUUCAAGCACCAAUACCUCUCCAUUCGACGCAUCGACCCUACUCCCUUCCAACUCGCCGAGUUCUACCACCCCCUCACCCUCAUCACCAACAUUCCCGUCCUCAUCGCCUCUGCCGCCUACGCCAUGGUCUUCCUCUUCGCGUCCGUCAUGAAUUCCGUCGAGGUGCCCCAAUUGCUACAGUCGAAGUUUGAGCUCAACGCUGAACAACUUGGGUUGCAAUUUCUGGGUCUUAUUAUUGGUUCGCUGCUGGGUGAACAGCUCGGUGGUGUUCUGUCGGACACAUGGAUGAAUCUCCGCGCAAAGCGGACCGGUCACAAGCCCGAUCCCGAAUACCGUCUGUGGCUCAGCUAUAUCGGAUACUUGCUUACUAUUGCGGGGGUGGUGGUGUUCCUGGUCUGCACGGAGAACGCACAGACCGGAAAAUGGAGUGUCAGCCCGAUUAUCGGCACAGGGAUUGGUGCGUUCGGGAACCAGGUUGUCACUACGGUGUUGAUCACAUACGCGGUCGAUUCGUACCCGGCUGAUUCAGGGAGCGUGGGUGUAUUCAUCAACUUUAUCCGAUCAACAUGGGGGUUCAUUGGACCAUUCUGGUUCCCCGAUAUGUUCGAUACUGUGGGCAUUGCAAAGAGUUCGGGGGUGGUGACGGCGUUGCUGAUGGGCGUGAGCUUUAUCCCUACAGUGAUCUUGCAAUGGCGGGGGAGCAAGUGGAGGAGUGCUUAAUUCAUAUACCAUAGAUCACAUUAUAUACAUUAGUAUGAUAACGAAGUGAAAUUCAAUCAAUCAAU